CGAACGCCGUCGUAUAAAGAGCAGGUUUUUGCCUUCAUUUAUCCGCCGCAUUUCCCAUCGAUCUCUCGCCGUCGCUGCCUCCAUCAACCACCGCAACUGCUGGCUGAGGAGUUGAAUCACCGAAACGGUCAGUGGAAAAUGAUUUUUUGCUGUUAGGUUUAGGUAUUCCCUUUUUAGUUUUAUUUUAUGGCUUCGGAGGAUGUGAAGGCGGCGAGUGAUUCAGCUGUGGAGAAAAUUGUGAACCUGGCUGAGGAGGCUAAGCUUGCUAGAGAAGAAAUUAAGCCUACUAGCCAUGCUGUCCUCAGUAUCUGCAAGUCACUUGUUGCUGGAGGUGUUGCCGGAGGCGUGUCACGAACUGCUGUGGCUCCACUGGAACGGCUGAAGAUAUUGCUACAGGUUCAAAAUCCACAUAACAUAAAAUACAAUGGCACCAUUCAAGGCUUGAAAUACAUCUGGAGAACUGAAGGGUUCAAAGGACUGUUUAAGGGCAACGGCACCAAUUGUGCCCGGAUCGUCCCAAACUCUGCAGUCAAGUUCUUCAGCUAUGAGCAAGCUUCCAAGGGUAUAUUAUAUUUGUACCGGCAACAAACUGGAAUUGAGGAUGCUCAGCUCACUCCACUAUUACGUCUCGGAGCUGGUGCUUGUGCUGGCAUAAUUGCCAUGUCUGCAACUUACCCAAUGGAUAUGGUGCGAGGAAGACUCACUGUGCAGACAGAGAACUCUCCUUAUCAAUACAGAGGAAUGUUUCAUGCAUUGUCAACUGUGCUCCGCGAGGAAGGUCCGCGAGCUUUGUAUAAAGGAUGGACUCCUUCUGUCAUAGGAGUUAUUCCAUAUGUGGGACUUAAUUUUGCUGUAUAUGAAUCUUUGAAAGACUGGUUGGUCAAAACAAAACCAUUUGGUCUUGUUGAUAAUUCUGAGCUUGGUGUUGUUACAAGGCUAGCAUGUGGAGCUGCUGCAGGAACAGUUGGACAAACUGUUGCCUACCCUCUUGAUGUUAUUCGCAGAAGGAUGCAGAUGGUGGGAUGGAGUCAUGCUGCAUCGAUUGUUACUGGUGAUGGGAGGAGCAAGGCUCCCCUCGAGUAUACUGGAAUGAUUGAUGCUUUCCGGAAAACCGUAAAGUAUGAGGGUGUCAGAGCCUUGUACAAGGGUUUAGUGCCUAAUUCAGUGAAGGUUGUUCCUUCAAUAUCUAUUGCUUUCGUGGCGUAUGAGCAAGUGAAGGACCUAUUGGGAGUUGAGAUCAGAAUUUCUGACUAAUGAAAGAGAAGCUCCAGUAUUUUUCUCAUUCUUAUGAUAAUUUUGUAGGCAAGGAUACAAAGGGUUAUAAUAACAUGGUGGUUACAUAGUCUAGACGGAGAAUUUAGAGUCCUGUUUCUAGCCUGUGUUUAGAACUUCCUAAUGUAUCUGGUUUUUGCUUAUUUAGUUGUGUUGUCAAUAAGAAGAUUAUCAAGAAUAGUGUAAUGAAUAAUUUGAGUGCCUUUGUUAGUGAGAGAAUACGAA